AUGGCAGUACGAGCUGGAGUACUGCCAGGAAGCCCUCUUUGGGAUGACAUGCAAAGGAAGCCAGUGGGGACAAUAUCUGAGUUCACCACUAGGGCCAAAAGGUUUGUCAUUAUAGAGGAGGCAAGGUUGGCACUUAAAUUGGCUCCUCCGCCCUCAAUAACUAUAGCUACGAACGUUAACUUAGCCACUACCUCGGCUACGCCCUCCACGACACAACCCAUAAGAGACACUUCUUUUAAUAGAAAGAAGAAUGAAGGGAACAACCUCAAGGCUGAUGGGGGUAAGAAAAAGAAAGGAGAUAAACACUUCUCCAUUUACAUAGUAUAUACCGAGCUCACUGAUACUCGGGAGAAUAUAUUUGUCAUGAAUGGGAAUCAGGUCUCCUUUAGGCAACCCGAUGUAAUGCGACAUCAGAGAACCAAGAGGGAUUCAAACAAGUUUUGUAGAUUCCACAAGGACGUGGGUCAUACAACUGAGGAAUGCAAACAGUUAAAAGAAGAGAUCGAGGAUUUGAUCUUGAGAGGCUACCUCGGACAGUAUAUCCAAAAUCAGAAUCAAGUCCAGGCUUCGCCUAGUCAAAAGAUCAUUUUGACUCAACCCGCCCAACAAGCUGCAGCCCCACCUGCAAGGGAGGGUAUUCGACCUGUCCCAAUCGAUGGAGAAGAUGUAAUAGCCAUCGCGGGGGAACCACACAUUACAAGGUCAGGCAUAAACACUCAAAAGAGAUUCUCAGGAGAGGGAAUCACCAGUACAGGGUCUAUCGAGCUCCCAAUAACCUUGGGAGACUACCCAGUCUCGACAACCAAGAUGUUGGAGUUCAUCAUGGUAGACACCCCAUUUGCCUACAAUGUCCUGCUCAGUAGACCAGCCCUAAUCGGGCUGGGGGCAAACACAUUUGUUAGGCAUUUGGCCAUUAAAUUCCCAACUCUCAGGGGUAUUGGGACACUGAAAGGGGAUCAAUUAGCAACCCGAGAAUGCUGUAACAUCUCGAUGAGGGGAAAAGGCCAAGCUAGUGUGCAAGCCCUAGUUAUCAUUGAGGAAAUGGAUGGGGUAGUAUACGAGGUCAGAGAAAAGAUCAACCCAAGAGUAGAAUAA